GUGAUUAUACUAGCGUUCUGUGAGGUGGCUUGGGCUAAUUGGAAACGGGUUUCUUAAUUUAUUGCUUCUUGUGUUUUACUUAUUUAUUUGGGCUUUCUUUUCUGGGAUUGCAUGUCCAAGAUGGCUGUGUUUCUUUGGAAGGAGGAUUAUGUUAUCUUUGUACAUGUUUGCAUGCGUGCUAGUAAUUAAUCACCUAGUCUUGCACAGUCCUGUUCUUCUCUAUUUGUUGGAUUUUUACUUAUUUGGUAAUAAAGCUGAUUGCUUGGUACAUGUUUAUUAUAAUUGCCGUGGUGGUUAAUUUGUGUUUCAGCAGAAGCUGAAUGGUUAUCCCAAUUGAGUUUUGCUUUCUUCUGUGAGGUUUUGAUUUUUGUAUCCUUGCGAGUUUUUGUGUGUAUGGGUUUGGUGGGGGGAAGAGUGUAAGGAAUUGGCUUUCUUGUUUUGGACGUGUAUUUUAUGAGAAUCAAGUCCUUUCAGAGUGAUUCUUGAGUUUUUGAAGUUGUAACUUGCAUGGCGAUCAGGAAAGAAGUGAUUCUUGGGGGAAGGAAAGAAGGGGGGUUUUGAAGUUGUUUAUUGGAAAGUAAGGUUGGCAGUUUCUCUAAUCGUUCAUAUCUGACAGGCUAUCUAUAUUUUCUGUUAGUCUGUGAGUGUGCUUAACAAUCCAAGGUUAAUAACAAUGGGAGACAAUGAUGAUAAUCGGGACAAAGGGUUAUUUUCACAUCUUGCUGGAUAUGCUGCUGGACACUAUCCACGGCCACAUGGGGCAUACCCUUAUCCUCCUCCUCCUGGUGCAUAUCCUCCUGCAAGUUAUCCUCCUCCUGGCGGAUAUCCACCAUCUGGGUAUCCUCCGCCUGGUGGAUAUCCUCCUUCUGGGUAUCCUUCUGCAGCUGGAUACCCACCGGCACUGCCACCAGGAUAUCCGCCACAUGGUGGAUAUCCGCCUGCUGGUUAUCCUGGUCCCUCAGGUCACCAUCACUCGGGGCAUGGACCUCCAAUGGGUGCAUUACUAGCUGGUGGUGCUGCAGCAGCGGCUGCUGCAUAUGGGGCUCACCAUCUGGCACAUGGUGCACACCAUGUUGGUCAUGGUGGGUAUUAUGGUCAUCAUCAUCAUCAUCAUGGGAAGUUUAAGCAUGGGAAAUUUGGAAAGCAUGGAUUCUAUGGAAGGCACAAGCACGGCUUCUUUGGAAAGCACUAGCACAAGUUCAUGGGGUUCAAGAGAUGGAAGUGAUUUGUGUGUCUUGGGAUUUGUUUCUUCCAUUCUGUGUUGCUGCUUUCUCCAGGAUCACUGUGUUUUAUUGGUUUGGUUGAAGCAUUUUUUGAAUAAUUUGGAAACUAAAUUCAGCGUGUAUAUAAAUACAUAUAGCUAGAUUUCAGCGUGCAUUUUUCUCUAUAUAGUUUAAGAUUUUGGUCACUUUGCUGUCACUUAGCUUGUUUAUGCAGAUUUGGUUUUUGGUACUUACGGAUGUUAGUAACACUAUCCUUGUGUUAGUAUUUCCUAUCUCCCUCAUGAGAAAAAUAAAUAACCAGAGACUUCUUGCCUA